CCGGCCCCGCCCCUCCGUGGCCCGGCGCCGUGGCAGCGGGGCGGCCGCCGCAGCCAUGGGCACGGUGCUGCAGCGCCUGCAGCGCCUCCUCGAUCGCCCCGGGCCACUUGGCGACCUGCUGGGCCGCCUGGAGGCCCGCACCGGCGUCCAGCGGCUCUACCUGGCCACAGGUUCUGUGGCAUUCCUGGGGCUGUACCUCGUGUUUGGCUAUGGCGCCUCACUGCUCUGCAACCUCAUUGGCUUCGUCUACCCCGCAUACGUCUCCAUCAAAGCCAUCGAGAGCUCCAGCAAGGAGGAUGACACCACGUGGCUGACAUACUGGGUGGUGUACGGCAUCUUCAGCGUAGCAGAGUUCUUCUCUGACACCUUCCUCUACUGGUUCCCCUUCUACUACGCUGGAAAGUGCCUGUUCCUGGUGUGGUGCAUGGCCCCCGUCUCCUGGAAUGGGUCACAGGUGCUCUACCAGAACAUCAUCCGGCCCUGGUUCCUCAAGCAUCACCAGACCGUGGACAACGUGCUGGGCAACCUCAGCGCUAAAGCCCUGGACACAGCUUCCAGCAUCACCCGAGAAGUCCUGCAGACUCUGGUCAGCAGCAGAGCCCGGCUGACGGCCGAGGUGGCACCGCAGCUCAGCUUGUCUCCUCCAGAGCAGCCCUGAACCUGGCACAGGAAGCGGAGAAGAGCAAGUGAGAGGGGCCUGUAGUGGCACUGGCACCGCAACCCCGAGCCUGGGCCUGGAGCCACCCAGGCCAGACCUUGGGCCCUUAGUCCACCUAUGCCAGGCCCGGGUCCCAGGUCGCAGCCCCCACUGAGCCAGACCCAGGUCCCGAGACCCAGGUCCCAGCCCCUACUGAGCCAGACCCGGGUCCCGAGUCCCAGACCCCAACCCCCACUGGGCCAGACCCAGACCCAAGUCCAAGACCCGGGUCCCAGGUCCCAGCCCCCACUGGGCCAGACCCAGGCUCCAGGUCCCAGGUCCCACAUUCCAGGUCCCAUUAGGCCAGGCCCGGGCCCGUCUUCCCCUGACUCGAUCCCAGCCCCCACCGCUGCUGCCCCCAAUAAACCCCCGGAGACCCCCAGGGCUCCGCAAACCAC